CAGCGGCAGCAGUAGUAGCAUCGGCAUAACAGGCGCGCAGCACCACCAGCAAACAUGAAGCUCCUGAUCGUCCUGAGUGCCUUGGUGGCAGUGGCUCUGGCCACGCCCGGCUACCUGGGGGCGGGCGCCUACCUGGGGGCGGCGGGCGUCGCCCCCGUCAUCGGCUCGGCGCCGGGCCUCGUCGCCCCACAGCCGCCGGCCCCCGUGGUGGUGGGCGGCCUGGCAGCCUAUGGCCCCGCCAACAUCGUGCUGGGACCGGAGGGCGUGCCCCUGGACACGCCUGCGGUGGCCGCCGCCAGAGUGCAGCACCUGUCCGCGCGUCUCGCCGUGCAGUCUCGCGGGUCGGUGUAA